CCGUGGCGUCGGGUGUUUUGGUUUGGAUUUUUUUUUCCGCGAAAGAAGUUUGCCUUGGCCACGCCUCAAGGCGACCGCCUCCUCCUGCCCCCUCCUCCGCCCCUCGGCGCACACCUCUGGUGCAGAUUGCAAAGCGCCUUCCGUUGCGAGAGCUGCAAAUUUUGCAAAAGCCAGGCUCGCCCACCUUGUAGGAAGGAGCGCCUGUGUCCCCUUGUAUCUUCAAUAGCAAAGAACCGGUCGCCUGAUUUGGUCACUGGCUCUCCCAGACUGUAUGAUCUCCCGGGACCCUCUUGAGUUGCAGGUUUCUGCACCAAGGACCGUAAUUCCCCUUCGCUCCUAGGAUUUGCAGCGUUCUGGAUACUGGAGGCUUGCAAGCUACGCUCGCCCAACCUUGGGCAGACACUCGCCCCAACCACAGGAGUGUGCCGGUGACUGGCGGUCAGUCCUUCGCCUCUCCAUGAGCCUGGGGGCAGGUGCCCGGAGAUGGCGCGGCCUCUGAGCGACAGGACCCCGGCCCCCCUGCUGCUGGGCGGCCCGGCCGGGGUGCCCCCUGGCGGGGGAGCGCUGCUUGGGCUUCGGAGCCUUCUGCAGGGGACCAGCAAGCCCAAAGAGCCGGCCAGCUGUCUCCUGAAGGAAAAGGAGCGCAAGGCGGCUCCGCCCGCAACUACCGUCCCGGGGCCGGGUCUGGAGACCGCAGGCCCGGUAGAUGCCCCAGCUGGGGCAACAGGGGGCGGUGGGUCCCCGCGGGGGCGCCCGGCGGCGGUGCCUGGCCCGGGUCUGUUGGCGCCGCUGCUGUGGGAGCGCACGCUGCCUUUCGGGGACGUGGAGUACGUGGACCUGGACGCCUUCCUGCUGGAGCACGGGCUCCCGCCCAGCCCGCCGCCCCCGGGUGGCCCGUCGCCGGCGCCUUCGCCCGCGCGCACGCCGGCACCCUCCCCGGGGCCAGGGUCCUGCGGCUCGGCCUCCCCUCGCUCCUCGCCGGGGCACGCCCCCGCCCGGGCUGCCUUGGGGGCGGCCGGCGGCCACCGCGCAGGGCUGACCUCUCGGGACACACCCAGUCCUGUGGACCCAGACACGGUGGAGGUGCUGAUGACCUUUGAACCAGACCCAGCUGAUCUUGCCCUGUCAAGCAUUCCAGGCCAUGAGACCUUUGACCCUCGGAGACACCGUUUCUCAGAGGAGGAACUUAAGCCCCAGCCAAUCAUGAAGAAGGCAAGGAAAAUCCAGGUGCCAGAGGAGCAGAAGGACGAGAAGUAUUGGAGCCGACGGUACAAGAAUAAUGAGGCAGCCAAGCGGUCUCGGGAUGCCCGGCGGCUGAAGGAAAAUCAGAUUUCGGUGCGGGCGGCCUUCCUGGAGAAGGAGAAUGCCCUGCUGCGUCAGGAGGUGGUGUCCGUCCGUCAGGAGCUGUCCCACUACCGCGCGGUGCUGUCCCGCUACCAGGCCCAGCAUGGGGCCCUGUGAGGCUGCCCCCACCCCCACCUGGCAAAGCCCACCUCUUCCUUGCUCAGACUUGCACCCUCUUCCCUCCCUGCCCUGUGGCCCACGGGCUGGCCAGCUGGGUGCCCCAGGGACCGUGAUAUGCAGAAAAAUACAUUUAUAUUUUUAAGAAAAAGCGAGCCUUCCCCCUCCCUCGCGGGGGCGGGGAGGGGCCUGUGUGUGACCCCGGCACGUCGGGGACCCCAUCCUCCCACCGCCUCCGUUAACACUAUCCUGAAUAAAUCUUGAGAACCCCAGAGCCAGCUGUUGUGGG